AUGUCUCAGCUACAGCGAAAAUUGGAGAUGAUUGGGCAGCUUCGGGGCGAGGUCGAUCGGGUUAAAGUCGACUGCAACCGAUGGAAGGAGAAUAUGGAUCGGCUUGCUGCUGAUAAAGAGGCUGCUCUAGCCCAACUGGCCUCGGCUGAGACCCAGCUCCGAAGUGCUAAAGUGAAAAAUCUGGCCCAGGUCAAGAAGAUCGAGGAUCUUGAAGCAAAACUCGCUGAAGCCGGGGCUGAGGUUGCUGAGGCCAAGGCCGAAGUUGAGAAGACGAAGGCCACGACUGAUAAAACCAUCGCCGUAUACUUAAGGGAUGUCGAGUUUGUCCAAGCGAAGCUGAGGGAGGCCUCUGACCGGGAGAAACGGGUCAGUGAUUUGGCCAAGUGUCAAUCCCGGAGGGAGACCGUCGAAGAGAUCCACGCUCGAGGUUUCGACCUCACCAAUGAGAUAGCCCAAGCAAAAGCACUUGAGGUCGAUGCCAAGUUCCUCGUUUCUUCCGAUGAUGAAGAUUUUGUUAGUGGCUCUGAGGGAGAGGGAGAUGAGGACGGAGUCCCCAAGGAGGAGGUUCCCGAGGAUGCGGCUCCCAAAGUAGAUUAG